AGAAACGAUAACUCAAAUUAAUUUUUAAAAAAUCAAAAAAUCUUUACUUUAAUACUGUAUGCAGUAUCAGGUCUCUUUAAAUAGGUUAUUUUCGAAAAUAGGUCACUUGUCAAAUAUACAGGCAUUGUUUGGUAAAAAAAUAUCACCUAUGCAAAUCUCUCUUCCUUUGAUUUCAAAUCCAGCGAUUGUAGAUUGUCAAAGAGUGUGCAUUUUUUUUGGAGAGACCCUGUAGAGUUUACGAAUCUGCGUCUCUAGUCUGUAAAGUAGCUCGCACUAUGGGCUGUUCCGAUAAUUCCCAUGUAAAUACUAUUUUUCUUCCCAGUUAGAUCACAAAAUGACAUUUCUAUUUAGCCAUUGGAAGUCCAGAAUGUUUGAAUAAAUAUUUUGUAAAUUUACUAUCAAUUUUUAGCUUGAUUUGCGGCUUUAGUUACGUUUUUACAGUUAUGUUUUAUGUUUUUUCCGGAGGGAGUUUCGUAAAUAAAAAAAAAAAUUGAAGGCAAAGGUCAAACUUCAACAGCGUGUCUCUCAUGUCGGAUUAGUGUGAAAAAAUACAUCCAUAUUAUUUUUAUUAGAGGAUUUUUAUAUAUUAAGACAAUUACACCCAAGCGAUUGCACGUGAUGCUGUAUAGUUGAUAUGACAUGUGGUUUGAGGUGGACUGAGACCAUACUCUGGGGAUGAGUGAUCCCUUGUCCCCGCGGCCCCCUAGAAAGGGCAAGAUUGUCAAUAUCAGGAUCAAGUUUUUGGAUGAUACUGUACAUGUUUUUCAAGUACCGGUCAAGGACAUUGGGCGGUCCCUGUGGGAGGCGGCUAUUCACCACCUGCAGCUGGUGGAGUGUGACUACUUUGGGUUGCAGUAUGAAGAUUCUCAUCGUCUCCGGUGCUGGUUGGACAAUGAUAAAUCCAUUCUGAAGCAGCUUCCCUCCCCGGAUUCUCCACUCGAGUUCUUGGUCAAAUUCUACACACCAGACCCCGGGAUGCUGGAAGAGUUCACAAGGUACUUGUACAGUCUCCAGAUUAAAAAGGAUCUGGCCAGCGGGUCCAUGAUAUGCAGUGAAAAUACCGCAGCACUGAUAGCUUCAUACAUAGCUCAAGCGGAGAUUGGCGAUUUCAUCAUUGAGGAGUAUAGAGAUUACAAGUAUCUGAUGGUUCUGGGCUCCCUAGUUCCCAACCAGACAGAGGAAAUGCUGAAGAAAGUUGCAGAGUACCACAAACAACACAUAGGAGAAAGUCCUGCAGAGGCGGAGGCGGGACUUCUAGACACAGCUAGAAAAGUGGAAACAUACGGAAUGAAGCUUUGUAUAGCCAGGGAUCACGAGGGCACGACCCUAAGCCUGGCAGUUGCUCACUUGGGCAUCUUAGUCUUUCAACAAUACACUCGCAUUAAUACAUUUUCAUGGGCAAAAAUCCGUAAACUCAGUUUUAAACGGAAGCGUUUCCUCAUCAAACUUCACCCCGAAACAUAUGUUAGUGGACAGAAGGGUUAUUACAAGGACACGGUGGAAUUUUUCUUCGAUAGCAGGGACUUUUGUAAGAAUUUCUGGAAGAAGUGCUUAGAACAUCAUGCUUUUUUUCGCUGCCAUAGAAUUAAACCAGUGCCAAGAAACAAGACCAGGCUAGUUAGUCAUGGAUCUUCAUUUCGAUACAGUGGAAGGACACAGAAGCAGCUGAUGAGCUAUGUACGAGAAAACCCUGUCGUUACUCCACAGUUUCAAAGAUCUGUGAGUGGUCGGAUCUCUUCAAGUCGAAGUGCCAGUGUCACACCAAAAAUCACAACCAAAACAAUUAUCCACAACACGCCUGAUGCCAACAACAGUCUGGGAUCUCGGGGGUCCCAUGUGGUUCAGGUGGAGAGAGUGGCCUCCCCUGGCCGGACUGAUCUUAAUGACACCCAGAGUAUGGACAGUUCACUCUCUGGAAGUCGAUCCCUACACUCGCCCAAAUUUGAUCAUGUUCAGAGAAGUAUGGAGGGGACACCAGCCGCCGAGGAAGAAGAGGAGGAGCGAGAAGAAGACCCUGUCAGAGGUGCCCGUUUUAUUGUUACUAAACCCGAAUGUCUAGAUACUAAUUCUCAUAUAUUGUCAGCCAAUCAAAAUGUACAUGACAAUGGUAACCUUGUGUCUGUUGAUCCUAAGCUUUCAGGUGAUGGUGGUGGUGGGCAAAGUAGAACAAGUACUAAUAAUGGGGAGAUUUCUGUAGUUGAUACUAAUGAUUCUAUGGGAGUGAGAUCAGGGGAGAUAAUUAGUUCUCCUGAUCAGAAUGGGGUCAUCGUUCCUCACCUAAAAGAAGGCAAAAGAGUCAUGUUUGCUGAAGAUACCAAACAUUCAUCAUCAGCAUCCGAAGUGUUGGAUUCUGUAACAGAGCAGAAACAGAUAACAAGUCAAGCGGGAAAAUUUGUUAUUACUCUAAAUGAAGAGAUUCCAGCGGGAACUUGUAUAACUGUUAGUGUAGAAAUGUCACCAGUGAAAGAAUUCCCGAAUUCGUUGGAAGAGAGUGAAAACAAUGUGAAGAAUGACACUGUCGAUCAGUGUGUUGUUAGUUCGAAUUCUCAUCCCUCGAGUCCAUCAGAUCUGUGUGAGCCAUCCGCAGCAUCAGGGAGUCUGGAGGCCAAGUCUGCAAUGGUCACCUCACCGCACGGCGCGUCUCCCGAGGCGGACAAGAAUGACCCAGACAAUCUCAUUGAAGACAUUCCAUACUACCUGGAAAGAAGAAUGUAUGAGAACAGCAAUGUAGCAGACGCACAAGAAGCAAAUAGUCCACCUUUUAUUAGAAGAGGAAGAAGCUCAAAGAAGAGGAGACCAACAAAUAUGCAGAUAGAGCAUGUUAAGGUGUAUGAAGGGGGUAGUCAGUCGAGGACUGAAUCUCCUGACUCGGGAAGGUCCUUUUCCUUGGAUAAAGUGACAAGUAAGAGCAUGUCUCCAACAGGGAGGGCAGUGCUGAGUAGAUCUCCAUCUACCGGACCACGCCAUUCCAGCAAAUCUUCCUUAGAGAGGUCUCCCUCAUGCAACAGAAAGUUAGAAAUUGUCAAUGUCCACAGACUUCCACCCAAGGACAGUUUUUCAUCCAUAGAUGAUACUACCAGCCCAACAAUGGAGAGAGAUAUUGUAAGACAUUUUCAGACAAGGGGAAUUCUCAGCAAAAGUUCAUCUUUUAAAGGAGAGAAAGACAUAAAGGCUAGGAAUCCAAGUCUUAACAAGAGCUCCUCUUUUCAUGGAGAAAAAGAUCUCAAGACUAAAAUCCCAAAUGGGGAAGUUACAUUCAUUAAUGAACUUCACAAGAGAAUGAGUAAAAUUGUAGAUAAGAAAAGUGCCGAUGUUGAGAGGCCUGAUACCCCUGAUUUACGUAGAGAAUUAGGAAGGAAGGGGGCAGAGGAAGGUAGUUUGCCAGUAGAUAUUAUACCCCACACAAGAAACACUGAUAGUAAACCGGAAGCUGUGAUUCCUGUGGGUCUGGAGCUAUCUGAAUGUGUCGGACAGGAAUUGGACCAGCCCUCACAAGCUGCUGCCUUCCUGAUUCUAGACAAAGAUCAUCCAUCCAGGAAGCCAAAUGUAAAGAAUAUUACGUUCUCUACCUUUAAACCGGUGGAUCAUUCUUCAGAGCAUAACUCCAGAUCUGAUAGCGGUGUGCUGGGAGAUUCAGAAACUGAUGCCAAAAGUGACUAUGGCUCACUGCCUUCUGCAAAACAUGCAGAGAGCAAGAAACCAUUGCAAAUCCCGGUACACCCAGGGGAUGUGAUUUUUAAUCCUACAAACUCCAAUGUUAAGCCUACCCAUCCAGAAGUUGCUCAGGUGGAUAAAUUUUACGGUCCACAAAGACCCAGAAAAGUAAGCUUCCACAGGGAGAGGGGUUACAAGUACAGCUUUGAGAGUGUCAAUGACCCCCCAGCCUUCGCAUUAGCUGAACCUGUCGGUGAUUUGUAUCAUUCUGAAGCAGGCAGACAGGGUCCUUCAAAAUCCGAGUCGACAGAUAUUCUGGAUGUUCUGGAGUGUUUGGAGGAUGAGGAUAUGGUGGAAUCUGACACCUCCGAGUCCUGCACAUCCUCUCUAGACUCGGAAGGUCCUAGUGAGCAUACUAGUAGUGAUGAAGAGAGUCAUAAACAGGAUGAGUUCCUCAAGUUUGCCAAGAGUUUGGCAGACUCUGGGAAGGAAACAACGAAAGAUUCCGGGGUAGGGGUGGAUGAAGGCCUGAUGAGAGACCUGUCACAGGAUGACCCUGAACAAGAGGACAUUGGGACCGUGCAAGUUCCAGAGGAGGACACUGAAGAGAUGAAUGUACACAAUGGAGGAUCCCCAACAGACAACCACCUGCCAGUGAUUCCCCAAUCUCUGACUGAUUCCAGUCUCAGUUCUGUAGAAUCUGACAGUGAUAAAAACAAGAGAUACAGCUUGGAUCCUCUAGCAGACUUGGAGAAUCCCAGUAUUGCAGAAGUGAACACUUCCUUCAGUGAUUCUUCUGAUGAGGAACAGGAAGGAGGGGGUUGUGAUGGGGAAGAAACAAGAGGCUUUGUCAUCCCUGUCUUGACCAUCAGUUUGCCCUCCAGCCCUGAUGCUUCUGGUCAAAGUCCACAAGAAAACGAAAACAACGAAUUGGGUUCAUCUGAAUGCUGAUGAUACUGGUAUAUUUACGUACUACAUAUUGGUUGAGACAGAAAUUCGAAUACUUUCACAUGCUCCAGGUUUUGGAUCACUGUGUUAAGGGAUAAAUGAUUUUACAUUGAUUUUAUGUCCUUCAGAUUUUGCUUUGGUGGGUGGAUUUGUUGAAUUAAUACAAAGCAAAUAGGUAGUGUUUUCACAUACAUCAGAUUUCAAGCUCAUUAUUAAAAAUUAUUUUUUUGUAACAUGACACUUAAGUUUGAAGGGUAGAGAGAUGCUCUUAGUCAAAUAUAAUUCAUUGAUAGCUCAUUUAGAAGUCGCAAAAAUCACACCUCAAUUGCAUCCUAGUUUCAUUCUUUGACACAUAAUUUGAAUAUUUCUGAUCCCUUGGUAAGGACUUCCACAACCCUCAGGUGUUUAGUAGGGAUUUCUGGUAUGUUCUAUUGUAGUGUUUACAGCAUAGCCUGAUUAAAGUUUAAAUCCUGUCCACUACAGAGUAAAGGAGGCCUGGCAUUCUGUAUGAUAUGGUUGUACUGUACCGCUGCUGCAAGGAUUUCAGUUUAUUGUCAAUUUCUUGGAAAUUAGGUGAUAUUGUCCCAUUUAUUUUGAAAAAGAUAGAAAUCUAUUUUUCAACAAACAAUUAGCAUCUCAAUGUCAUUGUGGUAUCCAUUUUAAACAUCAUCCAAGUAUAAAGAAUUCCAAAGCACAAGUGUGCUUGCUCACCAGAAUCGUAACAGUAUUGAUAGAUGCCUCAAUCACAUGCUCACAAACAAGAAUCUCAAUUUACGAACUGUUAUUUUUGCUAUUAGAUUUUGUUACAGCACUCAAGAGAAGGCGGGUGAUAUUUAUUGCAUGUUCUGUACAGAAAUUAGCUGUGAUCAGCAGGUUUAAUGCUUGCUCUUUAUAGGGAGUUUUCCUAGGUGUCAAACAUUGACUGUGUUACAUUUAUUUUUUUGUAUAUUUAUUUUUUUGUUAUGGCAUUUAAAGCAUUUAUUUAUAUAUUUUUGUUUGAUUGUUUACUAGAUUUUGAGAUAUUUAUCAGCAUUACCGUAUUGAGUAGCCAAUCGUUUUAUAUUUAAGUGCAUUGGCAUCAAGCUUGAGAAGAGACUUAAUCCGACCUAAUGUCUUAUCAGCAUGGAAGACUGGCGAUGUCAUCUUGCUUUCAGAUUUCAUAUACAUUCAUAGUAUUAAAUGUAAACAUAUUGAAAUUCUGCAGGACAAACAAAUUCACCAUACCCUCAUGAUUCUGCCACACCCACUCAACAUCGGUAAUAUGCAUGUUAGAUAUUACAUCAAAUUAAAAAUGUAUUUAGUAAGCCCCAAAACACAAAAAAAUAAUAAUAAAUUUACCAAAAAAAUCUGAAUUUUUUAGCCUGCAUGAGCUUUUCUGAUCACCUGUUGUCCUCUGUCUGUCCUCUGUCCGUAAACUUUACAAAUUUUUUACUCCUUCUCCAUAACCACAGGGUCAAUUUCAACGAAUUGCAUCCUUGGGUAAAGGGGAUUCAAAGUUGUUCAAAUGAAGGAUUGCACCCUUUUCAAAGAGGUGAUAAUUAAAAAAUACCGUAUACACUCGCAUAUAAGUCGGAUUUUUGGGAGUUAAAAAUUGGUCCAAAACUCUACAUCAGACUUAUAGACGAGUCCUAUAAAGAUUAGCAUUUUUCUGGACAGCAUAAUGUUUAGUAGUUUUUUAACAACUUCGUACUCCAAUGAUUAACAUUGACUGAAAAUAUUAUAUUAUUCACAUAUUCUAGGAUUAUAUGCAUAAAGUACAAGUAUUUACAUAUUUUAAUGAUUUUAUUCAUCAGUGCAUUUCACAAAAUAUUAUUUGAAAUAGAGAUGAAAACAUUGGAGCAUUGAUUUGAAAUUGUCAACCGAUUCUUGAAAAAAAGUUAUACCGACUUAUAAGUGGCUCAAUGGCAUAUCCCUCCAAAAUAGCCUACAAAAUAUACAACCGACUUACAGGCAAACCGACCUAUAGGCAAGUAUAUACGGUAGCGAAAAUAUGAUGUCAUCUUUUAUAAAUCUUCUCAAGAACCACUGGAAGGCAACUGAGAGGAGAUCAGAAUUGUUCAAAUUGUGACACCCCCCACCCCCCUUUCAGGGAUGGGGUGGGUGGGGCCGUAAUAGGAGACUUAAGUUUUACAUCAAGGUAUAUCGAAAAAAAUCUUCUCCAGAGCAACAGUCAUAUAAAAAACAAAAUAUUUUCGCAAGUAGCAGGGACAAACUAAAUCAUAUCGAUAUACAAACAUUCUGAUUAUUUUUUUCAUGAACCUGGAGUUUAGGGUAGGGCCAAAAUCAGGGAAUCAUAUCUUCCAUAAUACAUGAAUAAUGGGGGGGGGGGGGGGGGGGGGGGGGGGAUUUUAUGAUAUUUUAAAAAAUCUUUUCCAAAACAGGAGGGUCAUGUUAGCCAUAGCCCCGUGUUGAGUGGAUUCAGGUUCAACAGUCACAACUCUCCAUGGGGCUAGGUGGGUCAGAAUUUGUCGUGGGGUUAAAGAGGGUCAAGAUCUCUUAAAAAUCUUCAGAUGAAGUACAGCAGCAUCAAGGUGACCCAGGUGAGCAUUGUGGCCCAUGGGCCUUCUUGUUAAAUAUUGUCAGGGUUAAAAAAAGAUCAAUGAAGAAUCCAGUAUGAAACAAAUUUGUUUUGAGAAAAUGCAAUGCCAUGUUCUUUAAUUGAUUAUAACUGCCUCGAGAUACCUGAGUAAUGUAGUCCGAUACAGAUUUGCAUCUGCAGAUGCUUUAUUGACUGAUUUAAAAAUUUCCAUGUCAAUCUGAUUGUGUUUUCUGGGCUUAUAGAGACUGAUUUUGCUGGAGGCAGGUGAAUGAGACUGUCCUUUUAUUCCUCUUAUUGGGUUGUGUGAGGAUUCUUUAAAUCCAAUAUCCUUCCCUGUAUUGCUUUCCCUGAUGAUAAUUUGAGAUUGAUUUACAUUUAUAUUGAGCCUGUGUUGUUACCUGCUGAAUAAAAGUCAGUGAUUUUGGUUUAGAAUAAGUAGGUUGGGUUGACCUACUAUGCAGUUUGAGCACACAUUAAAAACAAGUUGUUGCAACUACUCUUACUGUAUAUGACUAUUUAUUGAGAAGAACUUCGUUUUCAUGUAAAGUUGUGAGAGUGCCUUUACUCAAAAAUAAGCUUCCAUGGUAAUAAUUUUAUAUUUUGCGAACAUCGUGGCUAACUGAUAAAAAUGUUGAAAUGAAGCCGUACAAAAAAUAUUUAAUGGCUGUAUUUUCACCUGCUUUAAAAAACUAAGACUGCUUUCAGUAUCUGCAAAGAUGUUUUGUUUUUUUUACUUUUGCUGCGUGUUUGAUCUCAAGUUUGCUACACGUAAGCCAUUUUUUGCUACAGCUCCGUGUUUUUUCCAGCAUAUUGAUGUAGAUCUGUGGGUUUUUUUAUGUAACUGUAUCAUGGAAGAGGAUACUUGUUGAUUUAUGUGGAUGAAAAAUUUGAAAACUUUAUCAGUAUUUUUACAUAUAAACUUAACUAGGGGAACAGAAAGUAUCAGGAAAAAUAAAUUAUUAUUUUUAUAAGUGCACAUGAUUAUACAUGUAACAAAAUUACACAAAAAUGAUUAUCAUCAAUAAUCUGGGUCUGUAGAAAUAUACCAUAUAUCGGGUAUUUUCUGAGGUUGGAAAUAUUUGCGAUUCAAUCUGUGAUUGGUAGCAAAUUAUAUUCUACAUUUCCAAUUUCUGUGGGUGCAUUAUACCCAUACAUGUAUGUACAUAUAUGCAUGUAUAUAUAUUUUGCAUUUGUAAUUUUUGUGGAUUUUUCCAAUCUGCAAAAUUCUGCAAAAAAUAGACAACCGCAGAAAAUACCCCAUUACAUGGUAAAUUCUCUAUAGUGCGUGUAGUAAUAGAAGUAUACAGUCGGUUCUGUGGAUCGGAAUUGGUCUUUUUGUCGUGCCUUUCACUACAAUACUACUACUUUAAUUGGCAUGACAACAACAUUCUCUCUAUCGUAAUACCAAAAAUUUUGAUCUAUUUUUUUUCCCGAAUUUGAAUCUAUGACAUUUUAACCAGCGACAUCAAGUUUCCUAUGCUAUGAAAUAUUUAUUGCUUUUGAUGAACACAGUGCAUUGCAAGAAGCAGAAUAAUUGAAAGUAUUGAUUUUAGUAAUGGAACACCCCUCCCCCCAAAAAUAUGUAAUUCCAAGUAGGAAGAAUGUGCAUCUUGUGUAGUUCUUAGAUUUCAACAUGUAAAAUUAAUUUUCUAUCUUUUUUUUUAAAGCAUUAUUUUUCUAGAUGUUAUUUGAUAGAAAUAGGAGAAUUUAAAAUUUGGAGGUGAGAGGGUAUGGAGAUGGUGAAUAUGAAGGCGAUACAGAUGUUACUGAGAGAAAACGAGCCCUCCAGGUCAUACAAACGUUUAAUAUAAUCUCUGCUGCUCUACACUGUUCAGAGCUCGAAAAAUUACCCUUACACAAAAUAUUUGUAUUUGUUAAUGACAUGGGAUUAAAAAAUUUUAGGACUUUUCUGCAUUCAAAUGAAAUGAAAUUGAUAAAGUCGGUACUUAAAUUUCAUGCUUUAAUAGUGUCAAUUCUUUACAAGACUUUUUGAACCGAAAAGGAGGGUAGAGGGAGGAGGAAGAUGGUGAACAUAGGGGGCCUGAUAAUGCUCAGACUUAAUGGCUGGUUGACAUUGUCAUUACAUUUUCUACUGGUUCUUAAAGUGCUAACAUUGUGUGUCGGCUAGUUGUAAAGUAUGCUUCAUCUAAUUCUGCUGUGCAUUAGAGUGUUGAAUUUUGACAUAUUGUAAAAGCUAUUGUGCUUCUCAAUUUUUAUUGAAAGAAUUUUUUUUAUUUGAUGCAUUGGGAACUCAAAAUUCAUAUAUUUUUGAAAAUUCUUUUCACUUAUAUACGUCACCUAAUAAAAAAAAAAAGGGUGUGUGUAGUGUAGAUAUUUGAAUUAAUGAUAAGUCACAUGACUUCAGAGAAAGGGAGGUAACGUUAGGUGUUUGAAAAUGAAGAAAAUAAAAAUGAAAGUGAAUAAUUUGCUUUUUGAUGAAACUUUGACCCUAUGAAUUGCCUGGAAUCUAUUUUCAAAUUGUACAUUUCUCAGAAAUGGGUUGGUCAGAUUCAUUUGGACAACAUUGACCAAAUUUAUCAUGAUUCCUUACCAGAUUUUUAUUUUGCAUUUUAUUAUUGUAUCUGGCUGAUGAAGUGGAAAAAUUUUCAAGGUUUGAAUUUGGUAAGCUUAAAAAAAAAAAUAUUAUUUUUCUGUCUUUUUGUAUAAAGGAGUUCUUUCAAUGCUUUCCCUGAUUUCAGAAUCUUAAAAAGAGCCUAGAAAGAAAUCUUUGUGUUGAAUGAUAUUUUCCUUUAGUCAAUUUUUGAAUUAAUUUUACGAAAUUCAGAAAAAAGUAGACACUUAAUUUGGAGAUUUGAUGAAUUCAUUUGUCAUUAUUCUGUACAACAGCUAAUUUAUAGAAAGUGAAAAUCAUGUGACAAAUGUUAUUUAACAAAUGUGCAAUUCCAAAAUAGAGCUUUCUUUUAUAUGUUCUUUUAUCCCUAAUGAGAGAGACUUUUCACAAGGAUUUGCUGUUUAUACAUCAUUUUGUAUGUCUUCUGUUAAUUAUGGUCUUUGAAUCUGCCAAUUUUUACUGUAGGAUUGUAUGUUUAUCAUUAGUUCUGUACUUAUAGGCUGGUGAAAAUAUCGCUGGUUGAUUGUAAACUAGGACUGUUGAAUUAUAUGAGUUCAGAUUUUUUUCUAACUGAAUUGUUGGUGAAGUAGUCUAAUUUUUUGAUAAAUUGCAACAAGCUGAUGAUAAAGGCAAUACACAGAGCCUCAUUGCCACAAUGUAAAGCUAAAAUUUAGUCAAUAAAGUCAGUAAAACUCGGAAGCUUUCAUUCGCUUUGCCCACUGGGCGCCCACCAGGGCUUUGCCUUGGAACUACUGAGUCCUUUAUCUCAGUUCAAUUAAGCCUAUGGAUAAAGGACAUGUCAUAUUUUCCUUCUUUGUUUAUAUAUUUUGGAAUACUGGACCCAGUUGCACGAUGGUUAUAGUGAAACUUUGACAGUUAAAUUAACUUCCCAUUAACUCUUACAUAUAUAUAGCGUUAAAUGUCAGUAAAACUUAACUCAUUUUCGUGCAACUCGGUCCAGGAAAUGAAAUCUGAGAGUAUCUAAUUAAAAAACAAGGUAGUUUCAAUAUUCCGUUAGUCAUACAAUAUUCCGUUAGUCAUAUGAAUUAUAUGUCGCCUCCAAAAAGUUGAUAACAUAUUAACUUUACUCAAAGGUCAGAAUGGGGGGGGGGGGGGGGGGGUAUAUAGAGGAAGGACAACUGGCAGGGUAUUUUCAUUUUAGAUGUUUCCAUUUCCAAUACUGUAUAAGAGUGUAUUUUUUUCACAAUGCAGAAGGCACUUAAUGUAAGACGCCUCCUUGAAUCAGAUAAAGUUUUCUUGCAUGACAUGACAUUUAUGCAGUUUUCUGUGAUUAAUUUGAAAUCUGUCUCAUUUGGGAUGUUGCCAUUUAUCAAGAUCUUUUCAGACCAAAGAAAUUAUCUAAGUUUGCUUCUUUAUUGAUUUUUUCUUCUGAAAAGUUAAAACAAUGUAAAGAAAAGAAAGACAUAAAUUUAUUGUAAAUGAGUUCCUCUGUCUCUCGAUUGAUUCUUUGAAAAAUAAAAGUUUCUAAAUAAGCACUGUUUGUUACGCGUCAUCCCCAAAUAUUUACACAUUUGAUUGAGAAUGAUGUAAUGCUGUAGUAAGUUGGUAGUCAUUGGAAACAGUGACACUGGUGGUUUUGAUUUGCCUUCUGGGGGAUCUGGUAAUUAGAGGGACCAGUCCACAGAUUGCCUGGUAAAUGGCUUCUAUCUGGUUAAGGCUUUCUGGUGUCUCCGGAAAUAAAGCAACAAUUUUCUCGUGUAGCUUAUGAUGAUUAGUUCUAACUAACAAAAAUGUCUUCUAUUUUGACUGCUUUUGUUUUUAUGAUUUUAUUUUAAAUUAAUUUUAGAGGGACAUUGCAGAUGCAUUUUAUUAGUUUUGAACGAAUUGACAUGUGGUAUUUUAUGAUGAGCUUUAAGGGAAUUGAUGCAAUAUUAUUAAUUGUGUAAGAACAGACACAUAUGUAUAAUGUGAGAUAUGAUAUUGUAGUAAUUACUUUUGCAGUGAUGGUAUCUUGAAAUCCCAAUGCGUGUUAGCUGACAAAUUGUUUAUAGAAAUUAACUGCAAACAAGCACGGUAGCUAAACUGUUGUAUGAUCUCUGUGAAAAUAAAAGUUUGGAUUUGUUUUUAAGUGUAAAUGUAAAUUGUAUAAAUGAUAUGUAUAAUAAGAAUCACAGUAUUCUGACAUCAUAGGUUUAUUUUAGACUCUGUUAACAAAAGAAUCACACAGGGUUUUUUUACACCAAAAAAAAAGGAAUUAAACAGGGUUUUUUUUACAACAUUUUGAUUUGAAAAAAUGUCAUAAUAGUUGUUGAUUGAUUUUUGUAUCAUACCGAUAUCAUUUUAAUAAAUUGGAAAACAUA